UUUAUGUACGUACGUUCACAUUUUCUUUCAACUUUAUAAUGUUGUAGAUGUAGUGAUAUUUAUAGCUUUACCGACCUCUAAUUUAUUUUCUAAUUUCUCUCUACAUUUUCAAAGUUACUGAUUUGGAGCCACCGCAGACAAGAAAGGAAAAGAGAAAUGGGAUACGACAGGCUCCGACCUUCAGGACCUGGAGGCUCUGGAAAUCCUCAGCAGCAGCAACAACAACAUGAAGAACCCAGAGCUAAAAACAACAAGAAAAAGCUUCUUAUCAUUUCAGUUAUUGCCCUGGUUAUGAUCAUUGUCUCAGCUGUCUGUGCUGGCCUCGUAAUUGGGCUCCGUGAAGGAGGCGCCGACCCUGUUGGCACCCCAAUCCGCCGUAAGCCCACCCAAGCUAUUUCCAAGACAUGUAGUAAAACUCGGUUCCCAAACCUCUGUGUCAACUCACUCCUCGAAUUCCCUGGCUCGCUGACUGCUAGUGAGCAAGACCUCGUCCACAUUUCCUUCAAUAUGACGUUGCAGCACUUCAGCAAAGCCCUUUAUAUGACCACGUCCAUCUCCUACGUCCAGAUGGAUCCGCGUGUACGGUCAGCAUACGAUGACUGCCUCGAGCUUCUGGAAGAUUCUGUCGACGCCCUCUCCCGUUCCUCUUACUCCGUCAUUCCUUCUCAGGACGGCUACAAUAAAGGCGGGUCCACUCAGGACGUGAUGACGUGGUUAAGCGCGGCGUUGACGAAUCAGGACACGUGUACGGAGGGAUUUGAGGGAGUGAGCGGGGCGGUGAAAGAUCAAGUGGCCGCCAAAUUGAAUGACUUAUCGGAGCUCGUGAGUAACUGCUUGUCGAUUUUCGCGGCGAGUGGCGGAGACGAUUUCGCGGGAGUGCCGAUACAGAACAGGAGGUUGCUGGCGUUGGACGACGAUAAAUCAGGAGAAAACGUCGAUGAGGAGAAUUUCCCAAAAUGGCUGGGGAGAAGAGAGAGGGAGCUAUUGGACACUCCCGUGUCGGCGAUCCAGGCUGACAUAAUCGUUUCGAAAGAUGGAAACGGCACCGUAAAGACGAUUAAUGAGGCGAUUAAGAAGGCACCGGAGCAUAGUACUCGGCGGAUCAUCAUAUAUGUGAGGGCAGGAAGGUACGAAGAGAAUAAUUUAAAGGUGGGGAAGAAGAAAAUAAACUUGAUGUUUAUAGGUGACGGAAAGGGUAAAACAGUCAUUACAGGAGGAAAAAGUGUAUUUGACAACAUGACUACAUUCCACACUGCUGCCUUCGCGGCAACUGGGGCUGGUUUUAUUGCACGAGACAUGACAUUUGAGAACUGGGCCGGACCAGCCAAGCACCAGGCAGUGGCUCUUCGGGUUGGGGCAGACCAUGCUGUGGUUUACAGGUGCAGCAUCACUGGAUACCAAGACACUUUAUAUGUUCACUCCAAUCGCCAAUUCUACCGUGAAUGUGACAUUUACGGAACGGUGGAUUUUAUUUUUGGAAAUGCCGCUGUGGUACUCCAGAACUGUAGCAUUUACGCCCGGAAGCCCAUGGCCCUACAGAAGAACACUAUUACUGCCCAGAACCGAAAGGACCCGAAUCAAAAUACUGGUAUUUCGAUCCAUGCAUGUCAGAUCCUACCGACACCGGAUCUCGCCGCGGCCAAUGGUAGCUUCCAAACGUAUCUAGGCCGUCCAUGGAAGUUGUACUCUAGAGCUGUAGUCAUGUUAUCAUACAUGAGUGACCACAUUCACCCUAGGGGAUGGCUGGAGUGGAACGCUGCAUUUGCCUUGGACACACUAUACUACGGUGAAUACAUGAAUUAUGGGCCAGGUGCAGCAACUGGGCAACGGGUCACAUGGCCCGGGUACAGAGUCAUCACUUCAGAUAUUGAAGCGGCUAAAUUCACCGUGGCUCAGUUUAUUUAUGGAUCAUCAUGGUUACCAUCAACAGGGGUUGCUUUUUUGGCUGGUCUACAAGUUUAAAAAUUAAAUGUUCUUUUACCACUUUUUUUUAGUUUUUAAUUGUAUGAAAUAUAAUUUUAUCUUUCUAAAUUUUUCGCGAAUAUUUUAAUAAGCGUCACUGUUCUUGUUGAUUUAACUCCAGACAUGUAAGAAUUACUACUACUACUUUCCUUAUUUUUUUUUUCUAGUUAUAAAUUCCUUAGUCAAAAUCUCGUUGUAAUAAUGAAAUGAAGUUAGAUAUGUUUCUUCGUUUUGACCGUUUGUCACCUCGAUGGGUUGUUGCUGCAACUUUUUGAUUACGUGAGGCUCAGGUUUUCCUGUAAAUUAUUGGUGUCGGUGAUUGACUGGAGAAAUAAAUGCUUAGCCACUACAUUGUUGAUUUGUUGGUCAUUAAAGCAAAGCCCAUGGGUGUUGAGAUCAACCCACAGGUUUGCGGACCCAGGGGUUUAAAACGAUAUGGCCUACUGCACCUGGGUCCAUUCGAGACAUAUGGAACUUUGUCCACCCUGUUUUUUAUCAAACACCUGCCUCGAUGGGGUAAGAGUUCAAUCUUUUUAACCAAGAAUAAUGCUUUUGCAACACUGCAUCCAGCUUGUGGCAAUUGACAUGUUCCAUUAAAGUCAGGUACUUUGGAUCAAUUUUUCACACAAAAUUUUGUUAUUUUGUCGAGGGGUGGAUGCAAGUGGGACACCCCUACAAUAAGAAAGUUAGGCAGGAAAAGGCUAGCUAAAAGCCAA